GUUCAUCAUCAUCAUCAUCCUUCAGGGACCCCCAUGUCUGACUACCCUGACAGCUAUACCUGUACCUGGUUCCGACUCGGACUCCAACGAUACUCGUCCGGGAACCCCCCCGACCCUCAUCUGCCCCCCAAUGUCCGUCUAUACUCUCCGGGCAACUCCUUCAAUGAACACAAUUCGUUCAGCUUGCCACAAUCCCUCCUCCUUGGCUCGGGAAACCCUCAGCGCUUCCUCCCUGACCUCGAGUCUCGCAAAGCGGUUGUCCACCACAAAGCGUGGCAAUUCGAGGACGUGUUGGAGGCCGUAGGCCUUGUAACGGACGCCGACGCGCACCUCCGCGCAUACCUAAUGCAAAUCUAUUUGCUACAGAAGGAAUGGGAGCAAGCUGACUGCACCGGCUUUGUUGCCAAGAACAUCGUCAACGUCAACGAAGCUCAGUACCGGAUGCUGCAGAAGAAGAUCCAGGAGAUACUGGAACUCCCUGUAGACGAGGCUGAGUCGGAGUUCGAGCGUUGUGUCGCUUUCAUACAGGACGUGAGGAUCGAUUUCUGGCGUAGUUUGGGCAAAGUGGUCGCUAUCGCGCCGACCUCGCAAGCCGAUCUGACGCGACCCAUAGUUGACCGUGUGGCGAACAUCCUGCGCGAGGCAGAGCCUAAUUCUGUCGGUUCAACUCUGGACAUUGUCCCCAAGAGUUUUGUUGAGGUGCCUGACUUGAUGUUCUACAUGAACGACAAGACCGUCCAUCAGCAUGCAACCUAUACCCCGCAGGCGCCGGGACCCAUGAUUUUCUUCUGUAUAAUAGCGCAGUCCCAGGAAGAAUUUACGUACGAAACGAAGAAGAUGUCUUUGGCUGUCCCCCACCUCAGCCAACUGCAGGGGUUUAUUAUCGCGUUGAUAAUGCGGGCUGAGCCUCAAGCCCUGUCCAACUGUCUUUUCCAGGAUGGUACCUUGUGCGACCCGAUGGAAUGUCGUGUGCUCGCAUAUUGCCGCGAAGACUUCGACGCGUUUCUCCAAUGCGCCGCGCGCUCCCAGUCCAUCAAGGACUGGGAAAAGGAGGCGAACUUCAUGUGGCUGACAUCCAUAACCUGGGGACCAAAGAUGUUUCCGCAUGAAGGCUGGGCGCGAUUCACCACGACCAUCAAUACUAUCUUCGCCUCCUAUGGUGCCACAGCGGUGAGAGACGAGUCCACUGAGGAUUCGACAUGCACGUUGUCGUUCUGGUCUCCCGAAGACCGCUUGGCGAUUGUCGACCGCCUUCCCAACGACAUCGCGCUCCGACUGAAGUUGGCGGUUCUGCGCGCCGCUCAGCGUGUGUCCGAGCGCGUGGCAGCUCGCCGACGUCGCGGACGCCGCGACAUCUUAUGUAGGGGCAGCGCAAGAUGGUGAAGGAAGACUUGGCUUUGUGGCUCGAGUGUAGUAGCAUGUAUGAAGUCCAUUGUACGAUCAUGAAUCCCAUCAAUACAACGAUCGACGAUCUCGAAUG